CCUCAGUAUUGCUUUGGAGAUCACCGUGCUUUGACUUUUGAAACCACUGUCUCCCAAUCUGAGUGAUCACCACGCGCCAGUUGACAGUAUUGGCUUUGGUAAUAUUAGGAAUUGGUAACACUGACACCAGUGAGAAAACAAAUCACGUCGAGGAAAGGAUAAUUGUCAUCGAGGUUCUCAAAACUGUUGCAUCCUUUUCUUAAAAGUUAUCACUGGGCUACGUUUGCCCCGCGUUCUUCCAUUUGUUCCCAGAGAGAGAGAAAGACCUUCCACUGGAGCGGCCUGGAGCUGAAAUACUAGAUUUCUCCCCCAGCUAUGGCGGACAGGACUGAUUUUGCCAUGGGGCAAAGGUGUUGGGACAAUUUUUAUGUCGCAGAGGAGGCUACAUGAGGUUGUCAAAGGCCCGUUCUCUUGCCUUUUCAGCCGACUCCACCUUCCCACCUCCUCCUGUUCAACUCGGAGAAAUCUGUGUGUGAAGAAACAAAAUCUCCGACAGGGGAGGGGGAUUGAUAUCUGUAGAGGGUUACAAAAAAAAAUCGAGUGGGAACUCAAGAGGAAAGAGUUUCGACAUUGCCGUGUUUUUUUCCUCCCCCUACCGUCUCCAAAAGCGGUGGGGGAAGAGCCCGAAACAUUUUUCAAGCGCGAUAAAGGAGAAGCAAACAAGGGACAUACUUUUGCCCUGUGUGGAUCUACAACAUUUUUAAUUCGUCAAAAAUAUGGCCGAUAAUGUCUUGGAGUCCGGCCCGCCUUCAGCCAAGAGGCCAAAGCUGUCCUCCCCAGCUCUUUCAGUGUCUGCCAGUGAUGGAAAUGAUUUUGGGUCACUUUUUGACCUGGAGCAUGAUCUUCCAGAUGAGCUCAUCAACUCCUCAGAGCUGGGAUUGGUCAAUGGAGGGGACCUCAGCCAACUGCAUACCAGCCUUGGAGGAGGGAUAGGAGGGAUGGGUGUGGGCGGAGGCCAGGAUGCGGCAGCCAAACACAAACAGCUCUCAGAGCUUCUCCGUGCUGGUGCACCAACCCAGCAGGGGGGUCCCAGCCCCAACAGCACUGGAGCUGCAGGCUCCAUGAGCAUGAUGGGGGCCAUGAAUGCCUCACCAGGGGGACCCCAAGCUCUGGGACCACAGGGCCAGCAGCAGCAGGCUGGACUGAUGCAGCAGGCAGGAAUGGUUGCCGGGGUGGCAGGCCUGAAUCGAACAGCAGCCAUGAUGGGUGCCCAGAAGGGCAACAAUGGACAGCAGCAGCAAGGACUGAUGGGAGGUCAGGUGAUGAAUGGGUCACCUAGAAUGGGUUACCCUGGCAAUGCGGGCAUAGGUAGUAAUAGUAAUCUGCUGGCAGAGACCCUGCAGCAGCAGCAGACAGGGAGUCAGCAGAUGGGACCAGGGGGUCCGCCUGGGAUGAGGCCACAGCAACCUGGAGCCAUGAACAAGAUGACUAUGAUGGCCAACUCGGGCCCCUAUGGUGGUCCGUAUGGCCAGCCUGCCAGCCAGGGGCUGGCUGGAGCAGGGCUGGGCCCGCAGCUCCAGAACAAAGCGGGCCUACCCAACAGUCUGGCUGCCCAGUUCAACAUAGAUAAGAAGUCACCACCAGGUCAAGGCAUGCCUGGGAUGGCCACUCAACAGCAGCAGCCGUCAGCAGUAGGUGGCGUGUCAGUAGGCGCAGCAGGAGUGGGAGGGGCCCAGGUUGGCCUCGGUGCUGUAGGGGCGGGUCCCGGCGCAGCGCCCCCUACCGCAGACCCUGAGAAGCGGAAGUUGAUCCAGCAGCAGCUUGUGCUCCUGCUCCACGCACACAAGUGCCAGCGGAGGGAGCAGGCCAACGGGGAGGUGCGACAAUGCAACCUGCCCCACUGCCGCACAAUGAAGAACGUGCUCAACCACAUGACCCACUGCCAGGCUGGCAAGUCCUGCCAGGUGGCACACUGUGCCUCAUCCAGACAGAUAAUUUCUCACUGGAAGAACUGCACGCGGCACGACUGUCCUGUUUGCCUGCCGCUGAAGAAUGCUGGAGACAAGCGGAACCAGCAAUCUCUUCUCAGCAGCGCUGGGGUGGGCCUGGUAAGUUCAUUAGGGUCCGGUGUACCAGGGGGCCAGCCGAAUACCCCUAACCUCAACCCCCCCAACCAGAUAGACCCUAGCUCCAUAGAGAGGGCCUAUGCUGCUUUGGGUCUCACUUACCAAGGCAGCCAGAUGCCACAGCAACCCCCGCAGGCCAACAUGCCUAACCAGGCACUACAGGGGCAGCCUGCAAUGAGGACCCUUAACACCAUGGGAGGAAAUCCCAUGGGGGUGAAUGGUGGAGUCGGGGUGCAGCCCCCCAACCAGCAGUCUAACCUACUACCAGACUCCCUGUUACACAACAGCAUAAGUACACAGAGUUUGUUGAAUGACGGUGUGGGCAACCUGAACUCGAUGCCCACAGCAACCCCUCCCUCGGCAGCAGGCAUGAGGAAGUCUUGGCAUGAAGACAUCACGCAGGACCUCCGUAAUCACCUUGUCCACAAGCUUGUGCAAGCCAUCUUCCCCACUCCGGACCCAGCAGCGCUGAAAGACCGGAGGAUGGAGAACCUGGUGGCGUAUGCUAGGAAGGUGGAGGGGGACAUGUACGAGUCGGCAAACAGCAGGGCGGAGUACUACCACCUGCUGGCAGAGAAGAUCUAUAAGAUCCAGAAGGAGUUGGAGGAAAAGAGGCGAACACGGCUCCAGAAGCAGGGCAUGAUGCCUAAUCAGCCUGGUAUGCCCCCGUCCGGCCUGCCUCAGGGUCCCCCCAGCAUGGGACAACCGCAUAUGAACCCUGGACAACCCCCAAAUGGCCCUCAUGCCGACCCGUCCAUGGUCCGACCCACUGGGCCGAACCAGAUGGUAAACAGGAUGCAAAACCCGGCAGGGAUGAACCAGUUCGGCCAAAUAGGGAUGCAGUCGAUGGGUCCGAGGUCGACACCUCCCCUUCCUCUGGGUGCUCAGAUGAACCAGAUGAAUAUGGGAGCAGCAAGGAUGGGCCAGCCUAACGUGGCGCAAAUACAGAAUCAGUACCUCCCUCCUGGCCAGUUUCCUGGGAGUAGUCCGGGUCUUGGCUCCGGUCCCAUGGGCAUGAACCCACCAGGGGCACAGGGGAGUAUGCCACAGCAAAACCAGAUGUCUACACCACCCUCCCUCCCAGCCAGCAGUCCUGCCACCCAGUCAAGCUCUGCUGCCACAGGCCCUGGUGCACCUGGAGGCUCUAUGGGGCCUGGUAGUGUAGGUGGUGGACCGCUACCCAAUCUCCCGCCAUCCUCCAAUACCACUCAGUCCAACGCCCACCCCCACUGCCCACCCAUCCGAACAAACUCCCCCUCACCAGCGCGUAGCCUCACACCUCAGCCCCACCAAACACCCCCUACAUUAGCCCGCUCACAAACACCACAACCACAGACGCCCAAUCCACCCCAACUGCCCCCUCCACAACCCCCACAGCAACAGCCACAGCAGCAGCAGCAGCAGCAAGCGUCACAGCAGCAACAGACACAUGGCCAGGGAGUGAACUCUGAAAAGGCCAGUCAGCAUCAGCAGCCAACGCUUGGGGGCAUGUCCUCCACAGGGCCCCAGACAGGGCAGGCUCCAUCGGUGCCUACCCAGAAUGCUCAUAUGCCAUCUCAGCUCCCACGGACCCCACUGUCUCAAAAGUCCUCUCUGACAGCGGAUGGACAGGUGUCCACUCCAGCCUCAGUUAGCAGCAAUGCUGAUCCUGGCUCCCAGCUUGCACCGGCAGACGGGCCUGCACCUGGCCAGGGAGACAUUAAGAUGGAGGUGAAGAAGCAGGAGGAGGAGGACGAGGAAGCUGAAGCUCAGGGAGAGGGCAAGGCCUCGGGAAAGAUGGGCAAGGGUCCGCCUGACACCAAACCCGAGGAGAAGCCAGAGAUAAAGAAGGAGAAACCACUGGGAGAUGGGUGUAAGGGGGAGCCAAUGGAUACAGCUUCAUCAUCAGUGUCGUCGUCAUCUUCGACUGCAACAAGUGAGGACAGAAAGCCAGAGGUGAAGAAAGAACCUGAAGAGGAGGGUUCAGGGUCAACAAGCACCAGCAGCUCCCCAGCCAGUGUUCAGAAUAAGAGAAAAAUCUUUAAGCCGGAGGAGCUGCGACAGUCUCUGAUGCCCACCUUGGAGGCUCUAUACAGGCAAGACCCAGAGUCCCUCCCCUUUCGUCAGCCGGUGGACCCCCAGUUACUGGGAAUACCCGUACGUAUUCGAACUAGUAACAAAACUAACCUGGAUUACUUUGACAUAGUAAAGAACCCCAUGGACCUGUCCACCAUUAAGCGAAAGCUGGACACGGGGCAGUACCAGGAGCCCUGGCAGUAUGUGGAAGACAUCUGGCUGAUGUUCAACAACGCCUGGCUGUACAACCGCAAGACAUCCCGCGUCUACAAGUACUGCUCCAAGCUGGCUGAGGUGUUCGAGUCUGAGAUCGACCCGGUCAUGCAGGGCCUUGGAUACUGUUGUGGGAGGAAGCUUGAGUUCUCCCCACAAACUUUAUGCUGCUAUGGAAAACAAUUAUGCACCAUCCAACGUGACGCUGCUUAUUUCAGCUACCAGAACAGUUCACCAAAAUAUGGGCUUCUUGCUGACAGGUACCACUUCUGUGAGAAGUGUUUCAACGAAAUCCAGGGCGAGAGUGUUUCCCUGGGAGACGACCCCUCCCAGCCUCAGACGUCCAUCAACAAAGAUCAGUUCCAGAGGAAGAAGAAUGACACACUCGACCCUGAGCUGCUUGUGGAAUGUAUUGACUGCGGUCGUAAAAUGCACCAGAUCUGUGUCCUGCAUAAUGACACCAUAUGGCCCUCAGGCUUUGUAUGUGACAGCUGUCUUAAAAAGGCCAACAAGACCCGUAAAGAGAACAAAUACGCGGCAAAAAGGCUCCCUCAGACCAAGUUGGGGACUUUCCUGGAGACACGAGUAAACGACUACCUCAAGCGGCAGAACCACCCAGAGUCUGGUGAUGUCACCAUCCGUGUGGUUCAUGUCUCAGACAAGGUAGUGGAGGUUAAGCCGGGCAUGAAGUCCAGGUUUGUGGACAGUGGAGAGAUGGCGGAAUCCUUUCCGUACAGGACCAAAGCCCUGUUUGCAUUCGAGGACAUAGACGGAGCAGAUGUAUGUUUCUUUGGCAUGCACGUUCAGGAGUACGGUUCUGACUGCCCACCGCCAAAUCAGAGAAGGGUUUACAUCUCUUACCUGGACAGUGUGCAUUUCUUUCAACCUCGACAUCUCCGAACAGGUGUCUACCAUGAGAUUCUCAUUGGCUACCUGGAAUAUGUCAAGAGACUAGGGUUUACAACUGGUCACAUCUGGGCCUGUCCACCCAGUGAAGGAGAUGACUACAUCUUCCACUGUCACCCAGUCGACCAAAAGAUACCCAAGCCGAAACGCCUGCAGGAGUGGUACAAAAAGAUGCUGGACAAGGCUGUGGCUGAGCGCAUUGUCCAUGACUACAAGGACAUCUUCAAGCAGGCGACAGAGGAUCGUCUUACCAGUGCCAAGGAGCUGCCGUACUUUGAGGGGGACUUCUGGCCCAAUGUACUAGAGGAGAGCAUAAAAGAACUGGAGCAGGAGGAAGAGGAGAGGAAGAGGGAGGAGAACAGUACCUCCAGCGAGAGCAUAGAUGCCACGAAAGGAGACAGCAAGAAUGCCAAAAAGAAGAACAAUAAGAAGACGAGCAAGAACAAGAGCAGUCUGAGCCGAGCCAAUAAGAAGAAGCCAGGGAUGCCCAAUGUUUCCAAUGAUCUUUCCCAGAAACUCUAUGCCACCAUGGAGAAACACAAAGAGGUUUUCUUUGUCAUCCGUCUCAUUGCUGGCCCUACCGCCAACUCGCUGCCACCCAUCACCGAGCCAGACCCCCUGAUGGCCUGUGACUUGAUGGAUGGCCGUGACGCCUUCCUGACACUGGCCAGGGACAAACACUUAGAGUUUAGCUCUCUGAGAAGGUCCAAAUGGAGCUCCAUGUGUAUGUUGGUGGAGCUCCACAACCAGAGCCAGGACCGGUUUGUCUACACCUGCAACGAGUGCAAACACCACGUGGAGACCCGGUUCCACUGCACUGUCUGCGAGGAUUAUGACUUGUGCAUCACCUGCUACAAUACUAAAGGCCAUGAACACAAGAUGGAAAAGCUGGGGCUUGGUUUAGAUGACGAGAGCAACAACCAGGCUGCUACAGCCACCCAGAGCCCAGGAGACUCCCGCCGCCUCAGUAUCCAGCGAUGCAUCCAGUCACUGGUUCACGCCUGUCAGUGUCGCAAUGCCAACUGCUCACUGCCGUCCUGCCAGAAGAUGAAGCGCGUGGUUCAGCACACCAAAGGCUGCAAGCGCAAGACCAAUGGCGGUUGUCCCAUCUGCAAGCAGCUCAUCGCCCUGUGCUGCUACCAUGCCAAGCACUGUCAAGAAAACAAGUGUCCCGUCCCGUUCUGCCUGAACAUCAAGCACAAGCUCCGGCAGCAACAGCUGCAGCACAGGCUCCAGCAGGCGCAGAUGCUGAGGAGAAGGAUGGCCAGCAUGCAGAGGGUAGGGCAGCCUGCUGGUGGCCCACCAGGAGGACCUGUUGGAAGUCUUCCGUCACCUGGGAACAAUGGCACUGCACCCAGUACUCCCACAUCCUGUGGUACCCAGCCUCCAACACCCCAAACCCCAACUCAGACCAUGCCUCCAGGUCCUCAGCAGGGCAUGGGUCCUGUGCCUGGUGGCCAGCAGCAACAGCCAAGCGGAAUGCCUCCACAAGGUGGCAUGCCUCCUCAGCACCACCUCCACCAUCAGUUCCAGCAGAUGCCAGGUGGAGGAGGUGGGGCAGGAGGGAUGAUGAGUUCUCCCCAACAUCAGCAGCAGAUGCUUCCUCAGGUCCAACAGCAACAACAAGGUGGAGGAAGUGCCACCCCUCAACAGCACCAGCAGCACCCCAACAAUGUGCCUCCCUAUGCCAACAGACCCCCAGGCUCCUCCCCAAUCCACCAGUCCCAGGGCAAACCAGGCCUGGGCCCCUCUACUCCUCCCCAGCAGCAGACUGGCGGCAAUAUUAUGGCUGGAGGUGGUCCGGGCCAGCAGCCUUCCAGCCAAGGCCAGGGUCAGCCUCCAGUGCCCCAGCAGCCUCCGUCUGGCCCUCCUCCUGCAGCUGUAGAAAUUGCCAUGAAAAUACAACAGGUAGCCGACGCCCAAAGGAAGAUGGCGCUGCAGAGACAAGCGGCACAGGCGGCGGCAGGCAUGAUGCCCACCCAUCCCCAUCACCCACCGGCUCAAGGCCAACAAAUAGGAUUGGGCCACCCAGGGGGCGUAGGGAUGGUUGGGGCCCAGGGGAUUCCACCUCAGGCUCAAGCAGCAGCUGCUGCUGCCAGGGCCCACAUGGAGCAACAGCAACAACAAGGUGCACCACCAGGGAUGAUGAUAGGAGCUGGUGGGUCUAUGCAGCAGCCUCCUCAGCAGGGUAACCUGCCACAGGGCCAGAUCCCUCCCCAGGUCCAGCUUCAGCAGCAGAGGAUGGGUGCCCCACUCCAGAGCCCCCAACAGCAGCAGCAAUGGGCCGGCCAGGGCAUGCCACCCCAGCAAAGACAGGCUAUGAUGAGCCAGAUGGGGCAUCAAGGUAUGGUGACUGCACAGCAACAACAACAGCAGCAGCAAAUGCAACAGCAGCAACAGCAAGCUCAGGGCCAUGCUGCCUUGAUUAACAUGGCACAACAGCAGCAAAGUUCUGGUGGUGGGGUUCCAGGUGGAGCUGCUCCUGGAGUCACUGGUGUCCCAGGAGCUGGUGGAGGGAACCUGCCCCAGGCAGCCCUACAGGAGUUGCUACGUACUCUCCGCUCGCCUAGCUCACCCCUGCAGCAGCAGCAAGUACUCAACAUCCUGCGCUCCAACCCCCAGCUCAUGGCUGCUUUCAUCAAGCAGAGGGCCUCCAAGUACAAAGAGGCGCAGGGAGUCCCUGGUGGACCAGGAGGUGUUCCUGGGGCUCCUGGACCUGCAGGGGUUCCUGUAGGUAACGUCAUGGCCGGUGGGGGACCACAGAUGAACGUCAGUGCUACAGGGCCUGGACAGCCGGGAAUGCACAUGCCGGGUCAGGGGGGGGUAAAUGUCAGCAUGGCCUCCAUGGCCCAGCUACAGCAAGUACAGCAGCAGCAGCAGCAGCAGCAGAGGCCAAUGCUAAACAGUUUACAACAGCAGCAAGUGGCAGCUCUCCAGCAACAGCAGCAAGGAGGAGGAAGAGGAAUGCAGGGCCAAGGACCUCAGAUGGCAAAUCUCAACAAUCCCCAGUUUAGAGAGUUGCUCAUGAGACGGCACCUCCAACAACAGCAGCAACAACAGCAGCAGCAGCAGCAACAAAUGGGAGUGGGAGCAAACCAUGGCCAGUUUCAGCAGCCACAGCCUCCCCAAGGCCAGAGUUACAUGGGCCAGCCUGGAAUGCAGCCUCCUCAGGCAGGGCAGGGCCCACCUGGCGGUCCCCCUCCUGGUCCACAGCAGCCUGGUUGUCCCCCAGGGCAGCAGGGCCAAGGCUACCCAGGAACAGUUGCCCAGCAGCAAGCCGCAGCCGCACUCCAGCAGAGGCUCCAGCACCAGCACCACCUCCAAAUGCAGCAGCAGCAGCAGAACACCAUUGCUGGCCUGCAGGGGGGAGAUGGUGGGCCAGGUGGAGGAGGUGUCGGAGGCCCCCAGCAGCCACCUCAGGGGCCACCACCACCUCAAGGAGGUCCCCAGCCUCAAUCCUCCCAGGCCCUGCUUCAACAGGUCAUCCACCAGAGGCUUCUCCAGCAGCAGCAACAGCAUCUGGGCACUGGGGGGUCACCAGCCCAGCACAGCAACCCUAUGAGCCCCCAGCAGCCACAGCAGAUGGCUCAGUCCCCACAUCCACAUCUCCAGGCCCAGACUUUGCCCACAUCCCUGGCUAACCAGGUGCGAUCCCCACAACCGUCGCCCAGACCCCAGUCGCAACCCCCCCAUUCCAGCCCUUCGCCACGCAUGCAGCCCCAGCCCUCCCCACACCACAUCUCUCCACAGACCCAGACAGGUUCACCGCACCCGGGCCACCUGAACCAGCACCAUCCCAGCAUGGUGGUCCCUUCACAACAACCACCACAACAGCAGCAACAACAGGCAGCAACCCAACAGCAGCAACCAAACUCAAUAGAGCAGUUUGGGUCUGAUCAGAAUGCCAUGUUGUCACAACUAAGUGGGAUGGCUGGUCUCCACGGGCCAGGAGCCAAUAGCCAAGACCCACUGGGCCAGAACAUGAAUCACAACACCUUAGACAUCAUGUAGGCAGUCUACCUUACUGUGUCAAGUUGAGCCGAAACGCUCUCUGAUUCUUCGCAGAAACUGCACUCACCCAGGACAGUGUUACUGUUGUUGUUACAUCGCCUUUCUUUUUUAUACUAUUAUUAAAUGUUAUUUAAAAUGUUUUCAAUAAAGAUACAUUGAACUGAACUUCCUAUGGGAGAUGCAACAAUAAAUCAACCAGUCGAUAAAUGGAUUAGAAUAAACGAAUUGUAAGUUAUUGCUGUUAAUAUAUUUUUUUGCCAAUUGUGUACAAAGGGGGUGAUUUCUCUGCCACUCCUUUAAAGAAUACAAGACAGGUGAUAUUU